CCUGACACGGAUAUCUGCCGGAGGAGCCGAGCGACACAGCGGAGGGUCCGCGCUCGUCUUCCAAUGCUGGGGAGCCGGGAAACAGGAACCGCGGGCUGCGGGGAGCCAGCUUCCGGGCUGCAGGGGCCGCUGAGCCGGGCACACCGCGAGAUGGAGACGCCUCCCGGCCGCCAAGGGGGUCGUCUCGCCGGCCUGGUCAACUGGAAGCAGAGACCGUGCAGGACUUCAGCCCUGUUUGCUGCAGCCAACACGGUGAUCUGGUUCGCGGCCUUCGGCUCUCUCCGAGCCUGCAGCCUCCUGGCCGCCCUGUUGGCUCUGCUGGUCGUCACGGUGACCGCCAGAGACAUCGCUCGGUCCCGGUCCACAGGAGCUCACUUAUGGCGCAGCAUGACUGCAAGCUGGGAGAUCAUUGACUCAGGUCAGGACAGCCACUCUGGGACUGGACCUCAGCUCAGCAACUCCCUCAAGCUCUUCCUCCAGGAGACAUCAGCUUUCAAACAGCAAAACCCUGGCAAGUUUUGCCUGCUGGUUUGCAGUUUCUGCACCUUUUUUGCUGUCUUAGGACGUUACAUUCCAGGGAUUGUUAUCUCAUAUAUUCUAGUGCUGGGCCUUUUCAUGUGGCCUCUGAUCUCAUCUCACGAGGUUGGUUUGUGGCUAGAGCCAGUUCUGCAGAAGCUGGACUUUGGCAUCGCGGAGUUCCUUCGGAAAAUCAAAGAGAACCAUGAGAAGCGAAUGGCGCAGGCUCAGACUGUGAAAGAAAGCAUCGAGUCGGACCUCUCUUCAAUGUUUCCCAAGGUUGACUCCACGGUGUGUAAGGAGAUGUCCGUCUCAGACACAGAGGUGUCUGACGUGACGUGGACGGACAACGGGACUUUCAACCUGUCAGAAGGACACACGCCACAGACUGAGAACUCAGACGACUUUGACAGAGAAGAAGCGUUCACUGGAGGCCUCCCAGAAUUCCCCUCACUCGACAACGGCGCAACGACCAAUGGCGACGAUGACGAUGAGUUCAGCCUCGGCCUUCCCUUGCCUUCACCUCAGCUGCCAAUCACAUCCAAGCCUACGCCCCCUCGUCACGAAGACCAAACCACCGACAAAGCCCUCGAAUUAGUCAACCAGAUGGCGGGCGACUUCAUCGCGGCCGCCGUCACGGCCGCCAUGCAGGAGAGGAUAGAAGCAGCGGUCGGCUUCACGGCGCCGAGCUCCGACACGACGCGGUCCAGACUCCCAGAGACCACCGGGCUGCUGGAGCUGGCCGAGGAGUCGGACAGCGAGAUGGAGGACUUUGAGCUGCUGGACCAGUCGGAGCUGGAGCAACUGGAGGGGGACCUGGGGCUGGGAGAGGAGAAGGACCAGGCCAAAAAGGAGGAGGAGGAGGAGGAGGAGGAGGAGGAGAGCGACAAGCCGGCUUCUUCUGGGUUCUUCGCCAAACUCCUGAGACGCCACUGAUGGAUGAAAGGUACGAUCCGCGGGGGAGGAUGACUUGCAGAGGACGUGUGGACGGGAGACGGGGGUGUUUUGGUCGCAAAGGACUGUUGGGGGUAGUGAGAAGGCAAUGUUUCCAUUAUGGUUACCCUGUAGAGCUAUCAUCAACCUUUUAAAACUGGUCAGUAUAUCAAAUGUGAAAGUCAUUUUACGUUAAUCAGGAUCAUCCUAGAUUAAUGCCAGGAUCAGAGUACACAAUAUCGGUCCCAUAAUGCCCCCCACCCGACAGACGUGGCUACGAAAUGGAGUUGGGUGUCUCGUUUUAUCCUGUGUAGUAUGUGACAGUGAAAACACUGGGACGCCUCAAACAUCCUGACCUAAAGAGGACUGUGUCCCUCCUUCUUUUACAGAGUUUGACAGCACCUACUGUACAACGUGUGCCAUUAAGUUGAUGAGAGCAGGAUGAAACACUAGUGAAGAAUGUUCACUAAAAAACAUGUAGGGGGCCUGUGCAAUCUGCAUGUAUCACUUCAUAUUUCUUUAUCUUUUAACCCCUGUGUUGUCCUCGGGUCAAAUUUGACCCAAAAGAAUUAAAAUAUAGUUUCAGUGCACUGAAAGUAAAAUGUUACGACAUGGCGUAUUUCCAUUUGCACCUUGAUUAUUAUUUCCCAAUGCACCUUCGGAGGGCAUUCUGCUGUGUCAAGUAUCAGUCGUGGAUUCACCGAAUGAAGGCGAAGAAUGAUUGAACGGUUUCUUUAACAUGCUUUAUACAUUAAAAUACAUGUUUUUUUUAUAUAAUAAAGACAGUAAUGUAUAAUGUAUCCUCUUGAAUUAAUCAUGUGAUGCCUUGUAUUAGCAUAACUAAAGAUGAAAAUAGAAACAUCUGUUUAUCGGUACUUACGAGGACUUUGUAGUAGAUGGAGUUAGUUUCAAGCUCAGAUGUGAUAACUGUUAAAAACUAAAGAAAAGUUUAGGAAGGUUCAUGCUUCACUAAAUAAAUCAAUUUAGUUCAAAAACAUGUUGGUUGGUCAGAACCAAAAUGCAACUACGAAUGUACUUUUAUGUAAUUAAACUCAAGAAUGUCAAUAAAAUAUUGUAACGCAA